UUCUAAUCUAAGGAUGUAUAGUGACAAGAAUAUUUUCUGGUAGUAUUCAAUUUAUCUUGGCCAGUUAAAAGUUGAUAUUGAAGUGUAAAGAAUAUAUUUCAACAUGGGAAAGAAGAAAAAUAAGAAAAAUAAGACACCAGAACCUACAGGAAGAACAAGCCCAGAACACACUGGAAGGUUACUUAUGACUGAAUUGGGGUAUGAUAUUAUGAAAAAAUAUCAAGAAAACCUGUCACCAUCGCAGAGAAAAGUACAACUCUUAUUUAAAGAAUACCGGCUCGAUUCAUAUCGUAGAGGUUAUUUCCUUGAUCAAACAAAACAAGAUUUUAUAUUGUGGAGUAUAAGGUUUUUGGAAACGAAUGCGUGUUUUUACCUCGGAAUGACUACUGUAAUUAAAGAGUUAGAUAUUCUCGAAUAUUUUGAAACUGAGGUAGUCAGUGAUUUAAAAUGUUUCAUACGUGAUUUACAUUCUUUGAACUUGACUGUUGUAUGUACCUUAUCACCACCGGGCGCAACUUACUCCAGAGUGAUUGAUAUCUUGAUGGAAAAUAGUCUAGAACAGAAAAGAGUUAAACCACCUUGCCAAUGCCACUACAAAUAUGACAAAAGAAUAUACUCAGAUGUUAUUUCUUACGAAGUAUCGCCAGUGGGAUCUAUACUUCAUUUAUACGAUUUAUAUGAUUUAAUGAUAAGUUUGCAAGAAACGAUCAAAGACCACGGAGAUGUUUACUAUCUUGGAUAUAACCUGGAUGAUGGAAAGCUCCGACCCCACCAUGCAGACUGGUUAGAUGUUGCAUCUAUGAUAACAUCAACAAAAUAUCGUUGCUGUUUCUUUAGUACUCAAUACAAAAUUUCUGCAGUUUUAUUUAACGUAUCUUGUCAUUUUAUCUUAAAACGAAUACAACAAUCAGAACAUCUUAAGAUGACUCCGACUAUGGACAGCUCAAUACAUCUUUUAGAAACAUUAUGUCCAUUGGCACAGUCAAUAUUUCACCUGCGCUCAGUCUCCCCUUCAGACUUAGAAGCGCUAUACGAAAGCCUCGAAGACGUUAGAUUAAUAUUAUCAAGUAUGGUGUUUAAAAAACCUACUGAUCUGACCACAUCUUUAAAGGAUCUCAAUUUCACUCCUACCGCACAACGUUUUCCAGAACGUCCUCCCACAACUUUACGUGUACCUGAAAUUCCUGUUAUUAGUUUAGGGAAGCCCACUCCUUCAACUCCUAAAAGCGAGGAAGUUGAAAAACCUGAGAUUAAAUUUUCUCCAAAUGUAAAGGAAAGCACCACAAUAGAAAGUACCUCUCUAGAUAACAUUUAUAAAGAUUUUAUCCAUCAUAUGAAACAUGUAAGUGGGAGGAAAGUUCCCGCUGACAAAGUAAAAAGCAUGAGAUCCAAAAGGAUAGAAUAUGUUGAGAAGACUCUCAAAACUAUAAAAGAACAGUUUUCUCGUAAUUAUGAAUUUGUAAAAAGUAUACUAUCGGAUAAUCAGAGUGGAAAAACAAAACUGCCGACUAACGUUGUUAUAGACCCACUAAGCCCAAAACCUCCCAGCCCGGCGAAUGUAGAAAUGGAAGAAGAAGAAGAAAUUAAUAGAGAGGUGCCUCAAGAUGAAGCGAAAAUUAAAAAAGAACUAUGGAGAAUGAAAAAACGAGAGAAAGUAGAGAAACAGAAAAAAUUCGAUAAACUUUCGAGAAAGCAACAAAAAGAAUUUUUAAAAGAGGAAAAACGUAAGAGAAGACCAAAACCAAGUACAAAGCACAAGUUUCCUGGCGAAGAAAUUAGAUCUGUCAAAUCAUCGACUUCUGCAGCUUCCAUUUCAAAAUCGUCAACUUCUACUGCCACUUCAACUACUGCCUCACAACCAUUGGUUUCUGCAGCUUCUUCUUCGCAAUCAUCGACACCUGUAGUGAAACUAUCAAACUUUGGAGACUCCGAUAUGAACCUAUCGACUUCUGCAGCUUUCGUUCCACAACCAUCUACUUCUGCAGCUUUUGUCCCACAAACAUCUAGUUCUGCAGCUUUCGUUCCACAACCAUCUACUUCUGCAGAUUUCGUUCCACACCCAUCUACUUCUGCAGCUUGUUCUUCGACACUAUCCACUCCUGCAGCUUCUGCUUCAAACACGUCCCACAACCCGUCUAUUUCUGCAGCUGAGCAAGGAAAGUUAUAUCGCAUAACAUAUAAGCCUAAUGCAUAUAGGGAUAAACAUCAAUUUUGUAAGUUACAUAAUGAUAUAAAAUGUGCACAAUUCGAACGAGCACCACUUGACUGCCUUUCUACAUUAAAAGGUUUUCUUGCCUUAGCUGAUAUUUUACGAAUGAAUAAUAUAAGUAACACAGAGACAAAAGUUUUCUGUAUGGAAGAUCUUGAUUACUAUUUCAAAUUUACUUUUAAGAAAUUUGUAGGAUUAAAUACAGAUGCCCUACAAUUCACCGUUCUUAGAAAUAUACAUAUCUCUUAUAUUUCUUUGAUUGACAGAGAAUUUCAUAUUCCUAUAAUUAUUCCACACGACCCUCCACGACUUACGCGUCUACAAGCCUUUACGCCUGUACAACCAUAUCCCUCUUCUCCCAAAAGGGAAGAAGAGGAAGCUUUUCUUGAGAGAGUAUUACGAAUGCGUAUUCCUGAAGUGCUUCCGAAUGUAGAAGAAAAUGUAGAAGAGGAAGAAGAGGAAAUCUUUGUUUAAUGAUUAAUUUUUGGGCCAUUUUGGACAGUGUAAAAUGUUGACAGGCAUAUUUAUAUUUGUGUAAUUUAUGUGGUAUUGUGUAAAAUGUAUAAGUUAUAAGAAUGUGUUUAUGUUGUUUAUACUUUUAUGCGUAGUAUAAAGUAAUAAAUAAUCUAUACAAUAACUCAAGUUUUCAGU